AUGGUGCUCCUGCUGGUCAUUCUCAUCCCGGUUCUUGUCAACUCUGCUGGGACAUCUGCACACUACGAGAUGCUGGGCACCUGCCGCAUGGUCUGCGACCCCUAUGGGACCAAGCCCCCCAGUACUGCUACUGCAGAGACGGUGCGGGAUCAUAGCCUUCUUCAGUCCUUGCCCACCUUCAUCCAAGGACCCAAAGGAGAACCUGGGCGACCAGGAAAGGCUGGUCCUAGGGGACCUCCGGGUGAACCAGGACCUCCUGGACCAAUGGGACCUCCAGGAGAGAAAGGGGAGCCGGGAAGACUUGGUCUUCCAGGUCCUCCUGGAGCUCCUGGGCUAAAUGCUGCUGGGGCUAUCAGCGCCGCUACCUACAGCACAGUACCCAAGAUCGCCUUCUAUGCCGGGCUCAAGAGGCAACAUGAAGGCUAUGAGCUGCUUAAGUUUGACGAUGUGGUCACCAACUUGGGCAAUCAUUACGACCCAACCACCGGCAAAUUCACCUGCUCCAUCCCUGGCAUUUAUUUCUUCACCUACCAUGUCCUGAUGAGGGGUGGAGAUGGCACCAGCAUGUGGGCAGAUCUCUGCAAGAACAACCAGGUCCGGGCCAGCGCAAUCGCACAGGAUGCCGACCAGAAUUACGACUAUGCCAGCAACAGCGUAGUCCUGCACCUAGAGCCUGGCGACGAAGUAUAUAUAAAACUGGAUGGCGGCAAAGCUCAUGGCGGUAACAAUAACAAAUAUAGCACAUUCUCGGGAUUUAUCAUCUACGCUGAUUGAGGAUAUUUCGCCUGUGGCAAAGACUUGUAUCUUCCCAUAUGUAGCCCCGUUGUGGCAAAAUCAUAGGGGUGCAGACUCGAUAGUGCUGGAAAGACACUUCUUAUUAUGGACCCUAUAAAGUAUGGAGAUCCACUGCUACCUGACUUACCUCUAUACACCUCAAAAGUCUAUACAUAAUACAUAUAUACAUAUAUGUCGUACAAGUUACACAGAUGUGACACCCUUUACCACCAAAGCCGAAAUUCCCUGUCUGUGCCUGUGCGAAUAAAAUCCUAUACAAUACUGAUUUUAUAUAUAUAUAUCUCUAUAAAAAAAAGAAGACCCCCCUAACUAUAUGGUAUCAAUAUCCUAUAUCCUUGCUGUUAUACCCAUGUGUCAGCUUUGGACUUUGUGAGUUGCCUGCCAGUGUAAUGCUUGGACUUCAUGAGCGCUACGGUGCGGGGACGGUCCUCGGUACUGUUAUGAUAACGUGAUGAUGGCCACAUUUGGGUAUCGGCGCCAAUAUUUAGCAAAGGUUGGAAGAGCUGGAGAGACUGAUGGGAGAAGCCAUGAUGAA